GACCAAUCUGAAAUCUGAUUUUUAAAGUUGUCGGUACAUUUCAUGGGUCAAACAUUGAGUGCAUGUUGUGGGCGAACGCUUAUAAUUAACGAAACGAAAACUUGCAAUAAUCCAGAUUGUGAUCCCGAUUUGAAACCUUCUGUUGCUGAGAAUCUUGAGCAUUUGGUUAAUCGUUUGGAAAAGCUUGUUGAGAGGUUGGAACGUUCUGUGUCAACACGUGAAUUGGAAAUAGCAAAUCAGACAUUUGACUCAGUAUUGGAGAAAAAACGAGAAAGUUUUGAUUUGGAAACAGCGGAUUUGCCACCAGCUCCAGUGGAGUCAUUGUCACAGCAAUUAACACCUCUCGCCGAAAACCUUAAUCAGCGCAUUGAACGUAUUGAAACUACACUAAACAAAAUCAACGAUAUCCACAGCAAUAGCAUUAGCGGCGCUAGUCUCACACACAACAGUGAAUUACAUAGAGAAGGUAGUCUCGAAAAUAUACCUACUGUACUCUACGACUAUCAAACAUCUAACGCUUUAGAACAAGAAGAAGUACCACUACCAGCACCACCCAGUAUGAGUGUAUUAGGCUUUCAGGAUAUUAUAAAUGGCCCAUUGAGCCAAUAUUUGGCGCUUUCAGCUAGAAUUGGUGGCGAUGUAGCCAAACACGCCGAAUUGGUAAAAUUGGCUUUUGACGCCCAGUUGCAGUAUGUCACCAUCGCUUCGCAGUGUGCUAAGCCCAGUCAAGACAAACAAAUGGAUUUGUUGAAACCAACUUCAGUGCAAAUUAGUGCUAUACAAGAUUAUCGAGAAAAGAAUCGCCCUUCACCGUACUUCAAUCAUUUGUCUGCUAUAAGUGAAAGUAUUCCUGCUUUGGGUUGGGUUUGUGUAGCUCCAACUCCUGGACCUCAUGUGAAAGAAAUGAAUGACGCUGGUCAAUUCUUUACGAAUCGUGUGCUCAAAGAGUGGAAGGAAAAAGAUGUCUCACAUGUUGAAUGGGCACGUGCAUGGAUACAAACAUUGACUGAACUGCAAGCUUACAUUAAACAAUAUCAUACAACUGGUCUUGUUUGGUCCGGUAAAGGUAGUGUACCAGCAGGUGGUGCCGCACCACCACCGCCACCGAUGGGUGCUUGUCCUCCUCCACCACCGCCACCAGUAUUUGAUUUAGCGGCCAUGUCGCUUGAUGGUGGCGAUGAACGCAGUGCGUUAUUUGCACAAAUUAAUCAAGGAGAGGGUAUCACUAAAAAUUUGAAAAAGGUGACCGCUGAUAUGCAAACGCACAAGAAUCCGACAUUGCGUACUGGACCAGCACCAUUUAAGACACCUACACAAUUUGGUUCCAUAGCUGGAGCUGCACCUGCAUCAAAUGCUGUAAAGGAACCUGUAUUUACUCGUGAUGGCAAGAAAUGGAUUAUUGAACAUCAAAAUAAAAACACCGGCUUAUUGGUAGAAAAUGCUGAAAUGAACAAUGUUGUUUACAUGUUCAAAUGUGUAGGUUCCACUCUUACUGUCAAGGGCAAAGUGAACAACAUUGUUAUGGAUUCAUGCAAGAAAUGCUCUCUGCUUUUUGAUUCAGUAGUGGCAUCAAUUGAAUUCGUUAAUUGUCAGAGCGUACAAAUGCAGACUUUGGGCUUCGUACCCACAAUUUCAAUUGAUAAAACUGAUGGUUGCCAAAUGUAUUUGAGUAAAGAUUCACUAGGUGUGGAAAUUGUAAACUCAAAAUCUUCUGAGAUGAACGUUAUGCUUCCUGACGCCAAUGCAGACUAUACUGAGUUGGCAUUGCCUGAACAGUUUAAGACAACUAUUACAGGAAAAACUCUUAAGACUGUUUGUGUUGAUAGUCUUGGUUAAACUCUUCUAACAUUAUACAGAAUGAAAGAACAAGCAAAAGUAUAUAUAUAAAAGUUGAAAUAUUACAAAAAUUAUUCAGAAAAUCAAUUACAAAAAUAACCAAAAUCAAACUUCGACAUUUAUAAUAUACAAUAUGAAACAAAUGCAUAGCUACAAUGAAUUGUACUCUUACUGAUGCGCAAUUAGCCAACCAUACUUUUUGAUAUCAUUAUUAUAAAAUACUUUAAAAACAAAACUAAAACAA